UAUCCCCGUUUUAUUAAAGAAAAAUCGGCCUACUGAUCAAGAAACUGAGAUGUCUUCUCUAACAUAUCUCCUUGUUUUGCUUGUGUGUCUGGCCGUGACAGAGUCUGUGCGUGUGUCAGACAAGCAAUGGACAAACAGCUGGGCUGUUGGUGUGAGAGAGGAUGUGACUGAGAAGGAUGUGGACAACUUGGCCAAGAAGUAUGGUUUUGAGAACCGAAAGCAGAUUGGAAACCUUCGUCAUAUGUACAACUUUGUAUUGAAGAAUGGUUAUGGUCGGGAGCAUUUGGAGAAAACGCUACAGCUCCUUGGUGAUAACAAGGUGAUAUUUGCCAAGCAGGAGAAAACCAAGACAAUGGUUCCCAAGAACAAGCAUCACCGUUUUAUAUUUUGAACACUAUCAAACUAUCAACAGUUGUGUGCAACCCUCUUUCAAUAAUUCACAUGCACAUGCCAUUUUUUAAUACUUAGUUUAUCAUCAAAUCUGAUUUUGUUUUAUCAAGAGAUAAACAUUUUUUGUUGGGAA